AUGCCGGUGCUUCAUGAAAUGACUAAUCGCACCGCGACCGAUGAGCUCAGCGACGAGUCCGAUGAGCUCAGCGAUGACUCCGAUGAGGGCAGCGAGACCUCGGAUGGGGAGAUGGAGAGCGGCGAGGUGCGUUCCGAACGGCCCAACGGCGACGACUCCGUGUCCAACGGCUCCAACGAGACGAACGAGACGCAGAGCUUCAGCGACGAGCGUCCGCCGCCGAGGCAGACGACGUGUCCGUGGCAGAUCGUGUCAGGGCAAACUGGCAGAGUUCGGUGGGAACGGGAGGCGUAG